AUGCAUAAAGUCAGUGUCAUUCUAUCUAUCUAUCUCUCAUAUUUUUCUAUCUUCAAUAGAGACAAUCUAGCUAUUUAUAAAUUUUAUAAUAAUUAAUGGCCUUUUAUGAUAUCAUAAUCAUAUUUUUUUAAAUCCUGCUACAUGCUUUUAAUUUUUAUAUUACAAUUAAAACAAUUAUUUUAUUCAACAAUCUUGAAAUUUCUUUUAAUUUAUCUUAAUUUUUUCUAUACAUUUUCUUUUUUUCCAUUCUAUCUUCAUUUAUUUAGUUUUGAAUUAUAUUUGCUUGCUAUCUUCAAACUAAUUACAAUAAUCAACUACAGAUCCAAUAAAAUUUAUGUUUCUAUUUUUCGUGAAAUUUCUGUUUUGUUUUUUUCCUUUUCCCUAAAAAUUCGACAAAUAAGCAAAGUAUUUAUUUACCUCUCGACAUCAACAAGCAGAUUAUCAUUUUCUCUAAAAAAAAAUACUUCUGUAAUAUUUGAGGAAAAUUUAAUUUAGAAUUUCAAAAAUUAUAAAUUUAAAUUUGGAGAACAAAGAUGA